AAUUAAUAAAAAAAAAAGACUUUUAUUUUGAAAAGCUGACGGCCAUUUGUAGAGAGUAGCACAGUUCACAUUGUUGCAAGUGAUACAGUAAACCACGCGAAGAGAUCGAUUAAAAGAUCAAACUGGAAGUGUCUGGUGUCACACUAACUGUGGUCCUGUUGAUAGGAAGGGCUCAGCAGUGCCUGGGUGCCCAGGGAGCCACUGCCUGAGUCCCUAGAGGUAGACACCAAACCACAGGACAUGACUGCCGCCAAUGGAGGCCUGGUCAUCUUCACGGCCAACUCCAACCCCUCCAGCAGAGAGCUGGGGAGGAGGAUAGCCGAGCGGUUGGGUGUGGAGCUUGGAAAGGUGCAGGUCUAUCAAGAAGCUAACCGAGAAACACGGGUCCAAAUUGAAGAGUCUGUGCGCAGCAAAGAUGUUUUCAUCAUCCAAACCGUGUCCAAGGAUGUUAACACCACCAUCAUGGAGCUGCUCAUUAUGGUGUAUGCCUGCAGGACGUCCUGUGCCCGAAACAUCAUCGGCGUCAUUCCCUAUUUCCCCUACAGCAAGCAGUGCAAAAUGAGGAAGAGAGGCUCCAUCGUCUCUAAACUGCUUGCCUCAAUGAUGUGUAAAGCAGGUCUGACUCAUCUCAUUACUAUGGAUUUGCAUCAAAAGGAAAUCCAGGGUUUCUUCAACAUUCCAGUGGACAAUCUGCGGGCCUCACCAUUCCUGCUGCAGUACAUCCAGGAAGAAAUUCCUGAUUACAGAAAUGCUGUAAUUGUGGCCAAAUCUCCAGCAUCAGCCAAAAGGGCCCAGUCAUUCGCUGAAAGGUUGCGGCUGGGCAUCGCUGUGAUCCACGGUGAAGCCCAGGACGCUGAAUCUGACCUGGUGGAUGGACGCCAUUCCCCUCCCACUGUCAAACACAGUGGCGCCAUCCAUCCAAGCCUAGAGAUACCAUUGCUAAUUCCCAAAGAAAAACCCCCAAUUACUGUGGUCGGAGAUGUAGGUGGACGAAUUGCCAUCAUAGUGGAUGACAUCAUUGACGAUGUUGACAGUUUUCUAGCAGCAGCCGAAACACUGAAAGAAAGAGGCGCUUACAAGAUCUUUGUCAUGGCCACACAUGGAAUCCUCUCCUCAGAUGCCCCUCAGCUAAUAGAGGAGUCCGCCAUAGAUGAGGUGGUUGUCACCAACACCAUUCCACAUGAGAUCCAAAAACUCCAGUGUCCCAAGAUCAAGACGGUGGAUAUCAGCAUGAUCCUGUCAGAAGCCAUUCGCCGCAUCCACAAUGGAGAAUCCAUGUCUUACCUGUUCCGAAAUAUUGGCAUGGAUGACUAACAGUCAGUCAUAAUGUGCACAUGUUCUGUCCCUGUUGCCUGUAUCAUUACCAGUUUUUCCUUUAACUCCAUAACUCCUUCUUCUUGUUGUACGUGUUAUAUUUUGAAAAAAUAACUGUGCGCUCAAAGAACCAGGAUGUUCUGUAAUGCUAUGUGAGUUUAGUGCCCUGAAAUGCUGAUGUGAAAACAUUCAGAGGAUUGAAGUGCAGGGAUACUCCACCUCUUGAUCAGAAAUAUUGGCACUUUUAUUUAAGAUUUGAAGUACCAGAUUAAAAAGAAUAGAAGGACCACUGGAUGUUAAAAUUAUGUCUUCAGUUCUAUUUAAAAAAAUAUAAUAAUAAUUAAAGAAUGAAAAACUCCACUGUGUGGCCAACAAUGACAAAAUGUUACCAUAAAUGAAAUCUAUGCUGUGACAUAUCAGUGUCAGUGCCUCAUGACUUUGUGUAAUUAUUGUGCCACUAGUUGUUUCUGUGUAUUUGUGUAGAAAUACUGCAUAGUACUGAUGUUAAAAUCAAGAAAUAUUUUGUUCUAAGCAAAUUAGAUGAAAGGUACAUUUUUAGACUUAAAAAUCUAAGUAUAGCACUUAAAAUCUAUAAAGCUUAAUGUACUUGAUUGAAUGUUUUUUCCUGCUAGAUUCUUCUACUAACACUUCAACAUGAGAUUUUAUAUUUGUUUUUGCCAAUAGCAGGACUAUGGAAGUAUAUUUGCCUCUUGAAUGUGGUCAUAGUGGCCAGAGUUUCUAAAUAUCUUGACUUGUCAAUUACCAAAUGAAAUGCAGGGUUUUUGUUAUGUAACUAAUAUUUUCAGGCUUUUGUAUUUAUUAACAGCACUUGAUGAUAAUGAAUAAACAUCUUAAAGACUA